AUGGAUAACCAGGCACAUCCCCAGCAGAAGAAGACGGCGUAUCGUCGUGUGAUCGACCAUGGAGCGUCGAUGGGGCGGUGGGUGACGAUGAGGAAGAUGGGCCAUAAGGUACCCAAGUCACUGGGGUAUAUACGUCCCGAGGCCUCGUACACGAUUGAUAUGCUGCCACCACAGGCCUACAGAGACAAGCCAAUUGUGGACUCGCAGUCUAAGUUCGUCCACCUGAGCUCCAACAAGGCCAAGCACGCUAUCCAUGCGAUAAAAUUCACGCCAGAAGGGCGCAGACUGCUGGUGGCAUCGCACUCUGGCGAGUUCACGUUGUGGAAUGGGAUGUCUUUCAACUUCGAGACCAUUAUGCAGGCACACGACACUGCGAUCCUGUCGUUGAACUAUAGCCAUAACGAUGAUUGGCUCCUGAGUGGUGAUCAGGAGGGUACUUUGAAGUUUUGGCAGACAAACUUCAACAACGUGAACAUCAUACAUGCCCAUGAUGACGCCAUCAGAGACGUUGCAUUCGCACCUAACGACUCGAAGUUUGUGACUGCCAGUGACGACUCCUCGUUGAAGAUCUGGAACUUCAGUAACGGGAAGGAGGAGUCUGUGCUGAAGGGACACAACUGGGACGUUAAGUCUGCAGAUUGGCAUCCAAGUCUAGGUCUCGUGGUUAGUGGCUCUAAGGAUAACUUGAUAAAGCUAUGGGACCCAAGAUCAGGCACCGCAGUAUCAACAUUACAUGGAUUUAAACAUACAAUAACGAAGACAAGGUUCCAGCCUCAGACAGGCUCGAACCUGCUGGCGUCCAUUUCUCGUGAUAAAUCAAUGAGAAUCUUUGAUCUGAGAAGUAUGAAGGACCUGUAUAUCUAUAGAUCCGAAGUUGACAUAUCCUCGCUCUGCUGGAAUCCAAUGCACAGCUCCAUGCUCUCCGUUGGUGGCUAUGAUGGCUCUCUGAGCCAUUUCAUGUUGAACGAUGUUGUUCCUGAGUCCUUGGAAACUGUUAAGCCGUACCACACCAUUCCAUACGCUCACGAAAAGGCCAUAUACACCCUGGAUUACCAUCCAAUGGGCCAUAUCCUAUCCUCUGCUGGUGGUGAUCGUUCAGCAAGAUUCUGGUCGCGUGGUCGUCCCAACGAUCCGAAUGCUUUUAAUGAUCCUCCAUACACAGACGAUAAGAAAGGUGCUUGGUACUUUGCAAUCAAUAACUCCAUCAACGCUGUUGUUCCAAAGAAUGAAAACAUAGGGCCUGGCGGUGCUGACAACAUUCCUGGGUUGCAAUAUUAA